GGAGAGAGAGAGGAGAGAGAGGGAGAGAAGAAACGGGAGGAGGGGAUAAGGAAAUUAAACCCUUUAAGUCAAUGCAUAUUGUGGUGCCACCGGCAGCGGAGCCCUCACGGUGGAGUCGGCCAGGGCUGUGCGCUCCCAAAAUAUGACCAGGGGUGCUUGGAUGUGUCGGCAGUAUGACGACGGCUUAAAAAUCUGGUUGGCAGCACCCCGGGAGAACGAGAAACCGUUCAUCGAUUCCGAGAGGGCUCAGAAAUGGCGACUGUCUCUGGCAUCUCUCUUGUUUUUCACAGUCCUGCUCUCUGAUCACUUGUGGUUCUGCGCCGAGGCCAAACUGACCCGCACCCGGGACAAGGAGCAGCAGCAGCAGCAGCAGCAACAGCAGCAGCAACACCAGCACCAGCACCAACAGCAGCAGCAGCAGCAGAGGCAGCGGCAGCGGCAACAGCGGCAGCGGCAGCAGGAGCCCUCCUGGCCCGCGCUGCUGGCCAGCAUGGGGGAGUCCUCGCCGGCCACCCAGGCACACCGACUGCUCUCCGCCUCCUCGUCCCCCACCCUGCCCCCGUCCCCGGGAGACGGCGGCGGCAAGGGCACCCGAGGCAAAAGCAAGCGGAGCAAAGCUCUUUUUCUAGGAAACUCUGCCAAGCCCGUGUGGCGCCUGGAGACUUGUUACCCACAGGGCGCCUCGUCGGGCCAGUGCUUCACCGUGGAGAGCGCGGAUGCCGUGUGCGCCAGGAACUGGAGUCAGGGGGUGGCGGCCGCGGGGGAGGAGCAGCAGGCCAGGGGCAAGCAGGCGGCCCCGCUCUGGAACUUGUCAGAUUUUUACCUUUCGUUUUGUAAUUCCUACACACUCUGGGAGUUGUUCUCGGGGCUGUCCAGCCCCAACACUUUGAACUGCAGUCUGGAUGUGGUGCUCACGGAAGGCGGCGAGAUGACCACCUGCCGACAGUGCGUCGAGGCGUACCAAGACUACGACCACCACGCGCAGGAGAAGUACGAGGAGUUUGAGAGCGUGCUCCACAAGUACUUACAGUCGCAGGAGUACUCGGUGAAGUCCUGCCCAGAAGACUGCAAGAUUGUCUACAAAGCCUGGCUGUGUUCCCAGUAUUUUGAAGUCACACAGUUCAACUGCAGAAAGACGAUUCCUUGCAAGCAAUACUGUUUGGAGGUCCAGACGCGGUGUCCCUUUAUCCUGCCGGACAACGAUGAAGUUAUCUACGGAGGCCUGUCCAGCUUCAUCUGCACAGGGCUCUACGAAACCUUCCUGACCGACGACGAACCCGAAUGCUGUGACGUGAGGCGCGAGGAGCAAUCCCACCACCCAGCCAAGGGGACAGGAGAGCCGGGCGACUCCUGCCCUAGGACUUCGCUCACCCUGUCGUCGGCCACGAGACUGUGCAGCGGCCGGCUCAAGCUGUGUGUGCUGGUGCUGAUCCUGCUGCACAGCGUGCUCACGGCCUCCGCCGUGCACAACCCCGCCGGGGUGAGCUUCCGAGGUCUCCCCGCGCUGGAGGAAAACUCCACCAACGAGGAGUAGCAAGGCACAAGCGCCGCCGCGGAAAAACAGCUGCUGUCCAGCGUACAGAAACUGGGUGCUUUUGCGCUCACGUUACUUCUUGCAAGGCCUGUGGGGUUCCAAUACAAACAAAUCGACGGGCCGGAACCCCGACUAGGACACGAACUCGCCGCAGCUUUUUAUUGACUGAGAAAGGCUGUCAAGUGACUUUCGAUUUCUCACGCCAUUUUAUACACUGUGUUUUAAUGUUUGGAGGUUUUAUUUGCUUUCCUUUCGGUUGGGGGCUAUUUGUUCGUUCAGUUUUUGCACUUGUUAAUACUGGAUUUCUUUGGGGGGAUGGUUUUCUCAGAGGUGAACUCAGUGUUUCCACUGUCUCUAUCUCUAUAUAUUUCUAGUCAUUGUGUGUGUUCAUCAGAUAGUUCUGUCUUUAUGUCCUGUCAGUUUCUAUUAGAGGAAUGAAUGCUAUUACCUCACGGUAUAGCAAAAAAACAACAACAAAAAAAUAACAAAAUAGACAAAAAGACAAAAAAAAGGAAAACAACAAAAAAGAAACAAAAAAAUUCCCCGAGUCUCCCCAUCUGCAGUCAGAACCAAGGCCCUUGGCAGCCAGCCCUUGUGAACCCGCCUUGCUCACCCCUGAGCAGACCAUCGCUUGCUUCUGUGUGUGAUCACAGUGGCUGGGUUGCACACUCCCGAGC